AUGAGUAUCCUGGAGAAGGCCAAGAGCAUUGAUGUCCCUGACAUUGAUCUCGAUAUAGAUAACUUUGAUGAUCUGCUGAAUGCCCUGUCUGCUGAGGAGCUCGAAGAACUCAACGGAGAUUUCGACCCUGAUAACUCACUGCUGCCAGCAUCCCAGCGUAGCCGAGACCAGACAUCAAAGACACCUACUGGACCAUUCAGCAGACAGAAGUUGUUGAACUUCCUCGAGGAGAAGGCCAGGCAGGAGAAAGAUUGGGAGAACACGGUGCCUUUUUCAAAAGAAGUGAAAGGAAAGAAAUUCACCCCUAAAGAGCCAGAGAAGACAACAAUCAACGAUGAUGAUGCCGCCGUGGAAACAGAGUGGGAUGAGAUCUUGACUGCUGCCAGUGAAGAAGAACUAGUGGACCUCGCUGCUGUCCUGGGGUUUCACAGUAUGCUCACCCAGACACAAUACUACGCAUCUCUUGAAGAAAGAGAGGUCCAUGAGGGCGGCUUCACAGGACACGCUCAAGCCCAAAAGUUGAAGGUUAUCCCAGACGAGCCUCCAAACAUGACAGACAUAGAGGAGAGCAUAAAAAAACUCCGGGAGAAUGACAAGGACUUGAAAACUCUGAAUCUCAACAACAUUAAAAAUAUUUCUUUGGAGAGGCUGAUUGAAGUUUGUGAUGCUCUAAAGAACAACACAGUCUGUGUUCGGUUUGACAUGGCCGGGGUCGCAGCAAAUGAUAAGGUUGCCAAGGCUCUGGCUGAUGCCCUGAGAGAGAAUACUACACUAAAGUCAGUAAAUGUGGAGUCCAACUACAUCACUCCCGAGGCCAUAGUGGAGCUGAUUAAGGCAGCCAAUGUCAACCAGUCGCUUCUGGAGCUGAGAGUGGCCAAUCAGAAACCAGAGGUACUUGGCAACCAGGCAGAGAUGCAGAUUGCCAAACUGGUGAAGGAGAACAACAAGCUGUUGAGGUUAGGUAUCCAUUUUGAGUACCCUGAUGCCAGAAUCAAAGUUCAUGACAAGUUGAAGGCAAAUCUGGAUGCCUUGCGGAAAAAGCGCAUUGGCAAAGAAGAUGUCCAGUCAUAG